AUGAGCUCUCCACCAUGCUUGCAGCACGACGCAUGUUGCUGCGGUUUCUUUGCCUCCUCCUGCCCUAUCCUAUCCUAUCCUAGCUACCACGAGGACCAGAUCUUGUUGCGGAUGGUGCGGAAGCUAGGCGGGCGGCACUGGAACAAGGUCGCGGAGAAGGUUCCGGGAAGGAGCGCCAAGAGCUGCCGGCUGCGGUGGUGCAACCAGCUGGACCCAACUGUGAAGCGCGGUGCUUUUAGCGAACUGGAGGAUGUGAUUCUAGCGGAGGCGCACGCGCGGCACGGGAAUAAGUGGGCGCGGAUCGCUAGGUAUCUGCCUGGGCGCACGGACAACGCGAUUAAGAACCACUGGAACUCCACUCUUAGACGGAAACGGCUGGGUGGCGAGCCUGCUGGAGCUGCUGAUGGUGGUGCUGCUGAUGGUGGUGCUGCUGAUGGUGGUGCUACUGAACUGGUCGCGAGGUACCUCCCUGGGCGCACGGACAACGCGAUUAAGAACCACUGGAACUCGACGCUUAGACGGAAACGGGUGGGUGGUGGGACUGGCGGUGCUGCUGCUGAGGCGUGCAAGGAAGAGGUCAACGCGAUUACGGACCACUGGAGCUCCACUCUUAGACGGAAACGGCUGGGUGGUGGGGCGAUUUGCGAGGCACGUAGGAAAGAGGACAUUGGGCACAACCCCCUUCGCCUGAUUUGGCUUCCCUUCUCGCCCUCCUCCAUCCCCUCAUGCCUUCCCAAUCCGCGCCCCCUCUGCUCCUCCCCUUGCUCCGCCACCUGCCUUCCGAGAACCUUCCUCUGA